CCGGCCAAGCAAAUCUUUUGUCCUGGGCGGGCUGAGCCAGCAGGGCGCCGCCUGUAUAAGCGGGGUCCCACGGAGGCCAGCAGAGCACCAUGGCACAGCGCUCAGGGAAGAUCACCUUGUAUGAAGGCAAGCACUUCACAGGGCGGAAGCUGGAGGUCUUCGGGGACUGUGACAACUUCCAGGACCGAGGCUUUAUGAACCGGGUCAACUCCAUCCGCGUGGAGAGUGGGGCGUGGGUCUGCUUUGGUCACCCGGACUUCCGGGGCCAGCAGUUCAUUCUGGAGCACGGCAACUACCCCGACUUCUUCCGCUGGAAUGGCCACAAUGACCACAUGGGCUCCUGUCGGCCUGUGGGAAUGCACGGAGAGCACUUUCGCAUAGAAAUCUUCGAGGGCUGCAACUUCACAGGCCAGAGCCUGGAGCUGGUAGAGGACUGCCCCUUCCUGCAGAGCCGUGGCUGGCCCAGGAGCUGCGUCAAUGCCGCCAAGGUGUACGGGGACGGAGCGUGGGUGCUGUACGAGGAGCCCAACUACCGUGGCCGCAUGUUUCUGCUGGAGCGCGGCGACUUCCGCAGCUUCUCCGACUGGGAGGCUCACAGCGGCCGCGUGCAGUCGCUGCGCAGGGUCGUCAACUUCUUCUAGCCGGGACAGCGAGCGCGCGA